CUGAGAGCAGCCCAGCGCAGGGCACCACAGCCCCACUGCCCAGUGUCCAACCGCCACUCCAAAGGUCGGUGGCCGCGCCUGUGAGGAAGACGAUGGUUCCGUCCAAGUCUGGCUGGUCCGACAUGAGCUCCCUCGGUGGGACGGAGCCGAGCCCUGCCCUCCACACAUUCAGUCUCACACCCCCUGACUGUGGUGCCUGGCAGGGCCUCGGAGGGGCAAUGCAGGCCACCGGGGCAGGUGAGCACAGCAUGGCACCCCGGCCUGCAGAGGCACAUGGAGCCUUCUGGGAGCCUGCUGCAGAGAAGACUCCCCAGAACCGAGCCUGCGGGAAUCCUGGCCACAGCAUUGCAGUGGGCAUCGACGGAGUGGGGCAGGAGGUGGCCUCACCACCCCGGGAAGGCCUGGAGGCCACCCCUGACGAAGGCUUCACAUGAGGCUUGCCAGGUCCAGGCGGGGCAAAGGCCUCAGAAAGCUGCAGCGCAGCGAGGCCUGCCCCCGAUGGCAUGGCUAAAGCCAAGGCCAAGGUCUAGAAGACCGACAAGAGCGCAGGGAGGAAGGGGCUGAGAAGCCAGCAGACAUGGAUGUGGAGGCAAACAGUGGGGCAGAGGAGUCAGGGCUGAGCCUCCUGAAUGUGGCUCUGCAGAUGAGGUCCCUGGAGGCUGUCCAGCUGGAUCUGGACACCGUGAAUACCCAGGCCGACUGCGCCCUCCAGCAGCUGGAGCAUGGGCAGAUCCAUCAGUACUAUCUGGAGCGCAGGAACUACGGCAUCCAGAGCAUCCCAGGCUUCUGGAUCACCGCCCUUCGGAACUACCCGCAGCUGUUCGAAAUGAUUACGGGGCUGAGAUGUGGAAAUGUUAAGAUACAAAACCAACCUGGAGGUGAAGGAGUCUUUCUAGGGCAAGCUGCCGGUUCAAGUUCUUUUGAAGAAACCCCUUCUUCAGAAACACUCCGAUCGUCAAGGACUACGAGGUCAGACUCACUGGCCAAGUGGUAUCACUCUCCACUCCAAUCAUAUGGUGCCCUGGCCAUGAACCUCAGCCCUUCAUUAAUGGGAACCAGGAUGCCAUUUGUAGUUUCUUCACCUAGCUUUCAGACCACAACCAUCCAGAGUGUGACAGGAUUACACAGAUUAUCAAAGAGGACCUCUGGUCAAAUCCACUGCAAUACUAUUCCUUACAUGCAGGGGCCGCUAGAGCCAAAUGUCACAAGAUAAGAGACCCUGUGGAGAUCCCUAGGCCCUUUGGGUUCCAAUCUGGCUAACCAUUGCCCAUGCGAUUACUCCCAUACAGGUCCUCUACAACUCACUGCUGGACCAGUGACUAGACAACAGAAACGGGUAUGCCUUUAAUUGUGUUGACAUUUCUGUACCCUCCUUCUUUUAAACUUCUGUUUUUAAACUUUUUCAGCUACAAGACUGAAACUUCAUGAUUCUGUUGCCUUGUUUCCAUAUGGUCUUUAUGUGCUUUUUUGCAUUUGUAUCACAUGAUGCCUAGUUCACCUAUUCUAAACCAAGCAAAUGAUGCUGUACAUUUCACCCUCUUUAUCUGCAUUGUUUGGACACUAUUUGUUUUCCAGGGCCUUUGGUCUACCACCUAGAUUUCCAGCUAUCCCUGGAAACCUGCUCUUCCCUUCUCUACAUUUGUCAGUAUAGACAUAUUGCCUGUGGACAACCGCUGAAGACUGAUGACAUUGAGAGCAUUAAUGGGCCUUUUGGUCUGUGCAACUUACAUGGUUCCAUGUUGUUGCUGCUACAGGAUUUCCACACUUGAGUUGUUGCCAUUGGAUGAACAAAUACCAGACCAUUGACUGUUAUCAGCUACCAUUUUCUGUUGUCUGGUAAACAAGGAUCUCCAGAACUAGUAAAGGAGCAAGACUUUCUGCCAGAGUAUGAUUCUUUCCUCCUUAAGAGACUUUCCCCCUGCUUUUCCUAACCACCACCUCUACCACCACCACCACC